AUGAAGCUGUUGCUCAGGAGGAGAAAAAAGUUGAAUCAACCAGCUCUCAGGUGGAGCAAUCGGUUNACCGUUCAGGUGCGACCGCUGGUGCAGGAGACUCACCUCAUUACGCCUCAAACUCCCAAGUCCGGUGUGGUCACUAAGCAACAACAUGAAGCUGCUGCUCAGGAGGAGAGGAAAACGGAAUCAACCAGCUCUCAGGUGGAGCAAUCGGUUUCAAAUCAGUUUACCACUUCAGUUCAGCAGCAACAGCAGCCGGCGCCCUCAGUGACCACAUUUGAGCAGACUGUACAGCAGCAGCCAGCUCAGCCAGCACCUGUCGUACCUUUGGCCCCUUAUCCUCAGCCAUCGGUCAGUUCAACCAAUGUCCAGCAAACCAUUGCCGAGCCAGUGGUCUUCGGAAGUAAGGUGCAGACCAAGUUCGUUCAGGAGGAUGCACUUCAGCAGCAACAGCAGCAGCAGACUGGUAAUUCAGUCGCUUCUUCAAGCUCUUCUUCAGUCGGUGAAGAAGAGGUGGAGGCCAAAGUUGAGGAGGCAGUUCCGGCGGUAGUGGUGGCUCCCACGCCAAUCGAGGUUCCAAUUGUCAGCUUCACCACCACUACCAACAAUAAUAAUGUUGAUAAGAGCGACAACAACCGAGUUGAAAGCAGUGUAGAGUACGCUCAGGAGGUGGAAGGUUCAACUGGUUCAACUGGCUCAUCUCAAGAAGAGCCAAUUGUGGAGUACAACAAACUGAAGGAAAAACCGCAGCCAGCAGUUCCUCAACCUCAACCUGCACCUCAAUACAAGCCCCUUCCUCA